UGUAUUGUCUGCUCCGCACGGCUUCGCUUUCAAAACACUGCUGUCGUGAUAGGCAUCGUUUGUGAAUUCCUCUCACAACACUUUGUAGAUUCUCUGAAAUAUUCUGUGACCUAUUUACAUUUGAAUAUUUAUUUUUCUCCUUCGUGAACUAUGGCAGAAAACGGUAGUUCAGAUGUUACCACAGUUCCCGAUGGUCCAGACAAAGUGAGGAAAUCUGUCAGUGUUGAUGCAACUCCUUCUGUUGAUGAACCAGAAACUGAUGCUGAACCUGUUGUUGGAGACGAAAUAACUGCAGAGGAUGUUGAGGAUGUUAAUUGUUUGGAACUGGAUUUCAAUCAUCGGCGCUUGAAAACCAUCAAGAACUUGGAAAACCUGAAGUGUAUUGAGAGGCUCUAUCUUCGAUGGAAUCUUUUGAAGAAAAUUGAGAAUGUCUCAACACUUACCACUCUAAGAGAACUGGAACUUUAUGAUAAUCAGAUAACUGUUAUUGAAAACCUUGACUGCCUUGUGAAUCUUGAGGUUUUGGAUCUGUCAUUCAAUAGGAUCACUCACAUCGGUGGUCUUGAAAAUCUUACAAACUUGGAAAAACUUUUCUUAUGCGACAACAAAAUACAAAAAAUUGAAAACAUAAACCACUUGAAAAAACUCCAGUAUUUAGAGCUUGGGGACAAUAAAUUAAGAACCAUUGAGAACCUAGAAGGCCUCACAAACCUGACCAGCCUCUUCCUUGGUAAAAACAAGAUAACUAAAAUUCAGAACCUGGAAUGUCUUCCUCAGUUGGAAGUCUUCAGUCUUCAGAGUAACCGAAUUACAAAAUUGGAGAACCUUGAGAAACUUACUAAGCUGGAGCAAUUGUAUGUCUCAGAAAAUGGAUUAAAAGAGAUAGAAGGACUUGAAAACAACACAGAACUCACCACCUUGGACCUUUCCCUAAACAAAAUUUCUCAGAUAAAAAAUGUAGAUCACCUCACCAAACUAGAAGAGUUUUGGAUGAAUGAUAAUGAAAUAACGGAUUGGGCCUGUGUGGAAAAACUGACUGCCAACAAGCAACUUGUAACUGUCUAUCUGGAGCGUAAUCCCUUGUCCAAGGAUGGAGCAUAUCGCCGCAAAGUCAUGCUUACUCUUCCAUGGCUUCAGCAGUUGGAUGCAACCAUGUGCAGACGUGAAUGAUGUGACUUGCAACUCACCUCAACUGUGCAAUGCGCUGUGACAUAAUUUUUAGUGCAUUUGAUGUAGAACUUGCUAGGGAAUUCAUAAAACCAAUUUUGUAUGCUAAUCCUCACAAUACUGUGUAGUUUGCAAUACAAUGUCUGAAACGAGACUUAUUGUGAUGGACUUGAUGUGAUGCACUGGAGAUUAUCUUUAAAGAAAUGACAUAGACUUCUUCCAUAUUCUAAACCCAAUCAAAUUUCCUAAACAUGUGAAUUAUGCUCGUAUAUGUAUUUUUCAAAACCUCUCUAUAUCGUUUCUACUCCUGCGGAUUUGAAUUGUACAUGACUAGAAUGCAUAAUUGACUUUUUUUAUUAAACUACAUUACAUAGAUGGUUUGUUGUGGAACUGGCUCUUUUCAUGUACUUCAAAUUUUUUCAUUUAAGAAAAAUUAUUUUCUUCUAAUUACUCCUAAAAAUUAUCUAAAAAAAUUAUGAAUCACUGUUCUUUUUAACUGUAUUAAGUAUAACUAUUUUGUCCUACCUUUGUAGUAGUUAUUGAAUAACAAUACAGAAUCCCCUUAUAAAGAAUGUUUCACUUAAAUCAAAAUUACUUAGGAUGGCAAAAUCACCAUUUGAAUGUGUUAUGUUCGACAACUAAUACCAUAGCAAUACCACCAAUCCUAACUAUAAGCACGAAUCGGUGCCUCUUCCUUUGAAAGGACCAUAUUGUAAUUUUUUUAGCAUCAUUUGUGUUGUGUCUAAUUACUGUCGUGUACUUUACAUUUUAGCUUAACUGCACUGAAAAAUUUGUAAAACUUACUUAAGCAUUAUUUAUUCAUUGAUUUGUUCAUGAGCUAGUUAUUUAAGAAGUUUUACUUUUAAUAAUUUAUAAUUUGAUUCUGCUUUCUAAUAAGAGGCAUAAGAACUAAACGUCCUAAUGCUGUGAUGUUAGAGGCUGGUCUUACUUUGGCAUCCAGGGGAGCAGUCAUUAAAAAGACGAGAAAAGAUGGAUGGAUGACAUGAUGAUAUACAACUUAUGGGCAAAUCUCAAAUGAUGUUUGUCUUCCCUGUGUUAUGUCAUCCCUGUGUUAUGAGUGUGAUAUGCACUUUGUGCCAAAAUUAAUUCAGACAAAAUAAAUGCUUCAUUAAACUUA